UCCCGACGUCGCAGGAGCGAGCACAUCUCACGCAGGAUGGGCCUUUUGUUCGGUGCGUUUCCCGUGCUCUUCGUCCUUGUGAGUUUCGCCGCAGGACGAGCGGUGAACAUCAGCAACACGUGGGUGUUACCGGAAGAGGGUUUUCCGGUGUUCUACCGCUACUUCCGGGACCGCAUCUCCUGGUUCGAAGCGGACGCCGUCUGUCAAUUCCACCACAGCUACUUGGUGACCGCCGACAGCUCGUCCCAAUACGACGCGAUCAGGGCCUAUCUGAAGGAGCUGGAUAUAGCGGAUAACGUCUGGAUAGGACUCUCCAAGAACGUGGAUAAACCGUUCACUUGGAGCAAUAAACUGCAACCCUUAACAGGAGAGGGCCACUGGCAGGAGCCCAUACCGCAAUCCGGCAACCCCUUGUGCGUCGCAAUGGACCCGGCCAAGGACUUCCUGUGGAAAUCCUUCGCCUGCGGCGGCCCCGAAGUGGCCUCUUUCAUUUGCGAAACGCCCAUUCCCUCGUGGGCGACGGGCCCGCGGGGCUGCCUGCUCACCGAGCUGCCCUCGCUGACCGUCCUCUACAUCCCGGAGCAAUCCUCGCUGGAGCUGACGUCCGACUGCGGCCUCGACGGCACCAAAAGAAUAGCUUGCAAAGGGGACGCGGACAGAGAGGACAUCCUGAAGCAGCUGACCUGCGGCAUAUCGAGCGAGGAUUUCGACGAUAAGAGCGCCAAAUCGACGGUACCCGCCACCACUUCCUCAUCGACGAAGACCGCCAUCUGGACUUCUAACACUAUUGACACGGAAUACGGUACCCCGACCAGGCACAGGCGGGAAACGGAGGAUACUCUCAGCGCUUCUUCCACCGAAAGCACCCGCAAGGUCUCUUCCACCUUCGAAACCUUCACAGCUACUAACUACGAUACGGAGGUAACGAGCGGACCUAGUGCAGAUUCGAACACGUCCAACGACAACGUCACCUACGAGCUGGAGAUCGUCCGGGACGUGGCCUCGACAACAACAACGGAAAUCGGAACAACAACAACGGACGCGCCGGAAACUAGUACUUACAACGCGAGUCUGGCGGAAAGAGAAGCUGCAGCCGAGUACCCGAGCGCUAUCAGUCAAGGACAGCUGUUUAGCAUCAUAGAAAACGGUACAAUGUUCGAUAUAAUCGAAUUGAACGAGACGGCGCUGCCCAAAGAGGAUGAAGACGGCGUGAAGAACAAACCGUCGACGAAGCUGUCGAACAAAACCGCCAAGAAAACGUCGAAGAAAGACGUCUACAAGAACGCGGAUCCCAAGAAGCGCAAACCGACCGAUAAAACGCAACCAAAUCCGGCGAAAAUCGACGGGGACAUCGACGAAAAGGAGCGCCAAAUCGAAAUGGAGGACCUCAACAAAGAGGUGGAGGUGUUCCCCAUCGUCGGCGACAAAUCCCCGCACUUGAACCGCACGUUCAGGAAGGAACCGCCGAAGGUGAUCGAGCGCGACGUGGAGGAUAACAAGCUGGAGCUGCUGGACGGUGGUGAUGGUGAGAAUGCCACCAGGAGGAUCGAUCCGAAUAUCGAGGCGUUGAACGAGAACCUGGCGAGGAACAACGACAGCGAACCGGUGGGGGAGAAGCCGGCGGUGCAGAAGGAAGUCGCUGAGAAAACCAAGGUCGGCGCGGAGGGAUUGAACGAGGAGGAGCAGCGCCCGAAGCCUAACCGGCAACGCCAGUUGACGAGGCCGCACGGCAGGCCGUUCUAUCCGAAUUUCUUCAGCAGGGUCUUGGGGUGA